UUCUAAGUUCGAGUUACAUUUUUUUUUAUUAUACUCUCUACUCUCUUUGGAAACAACAACCCCUCCCCGGCGGCCGCGCCGCCCUUUGUCCUCUCUCCCUCCCUCUCUCAGUCUCUCUAUUUUCCACCCCGGAAAAUCUUCUUCUGUUCUUCACCUCCAAAUGGUACAAAAAAACAAUCUUUUGUGGAACAUUGUUGGACCCAGAAUGGUAAAAGUUAUUAUAGGAGAGUAAAGGCAACAACUUUGGAUGAAGUUCCCCCAAACGCUCUUCGCAGGAAAAAAGACCCUCAAUGGAGAGGAGGCUUCAGCCUUGGAGUUGACUUGGGAAUGGCUCGCACUGCCCUUGCCCUCAGUAAAGGUUUCUCUAUUCGCCCUUUACUUUAAAGAUUCUGCGAAAUUUGGGUGAAUUGAGCUGAUGGUGUCCUUUCUUUUUUAUUGUUGUUGAUGAUGAAAAUGUUCUUGAUUAGUGCAUUGUUCUUCAGCACCUUCAACACAGGAAGGCAAACAAAAUAAAAAAUAAAAAAAUAUCUCAUAUUAUUACAAGUUUAUAAUAUCUCAUAUUCUUAUCCUUAUAAAAUAAAAUAAAAAAUAAAAAAGUUAAAAAAAGAAACAUCAGAGAAGGCAGACAAGUCAAGUCAACUCCGCGUUCCGUUCUGUUCUGUUCUGUUUAACAAAUACAGUGUGUUUUCGUAGUUUCUGUAUUUGUGCGUUGUUGAUUUUGAGCUAAUUGAUUUGAGUAAAGUGAGCAAUCAAUCAUGGCAAGCCAAGAACCAUCGUUGCCCUCUUCUUCCUUUAGCUAUCGAUGGAAAUACGAUGUGUUUCUCAGCUUUAGAGGAGAAGAUACUCGUCACGGUUUCACUGGCCAUCUCUACAAAACUCUUCAUGACAGGGGAAUCCACACCUUCAUUGAUGAUGAAGAGCUUCAAAGGGGAGAGGGAAUCACACCAGCACUUCUCAAGGCUAUUGAGGAAUCCAGGAUUGCCAUCAUUGUGCUCUCUAAGAACUAUGCUUCUUCUUCAUUUUGCUUGGAUGAACUAGUCCAUAUCCUUCACUGCAUCAAGGAAAAAGGUCGGUUGGUUUUGCCAGUUUUUUAUGACGUUGAUCCUUCUCACGUGCGACAUCAGAGAGAUAGCUAUGAAGAAGCACUCUCUACUCAUGAGAAGAGGUUUAAGGAUGACAUGGAGAAGGUGCAGAAAUGGAGGGUGGCUCUGCGUCAAGCAGCUGACUUGUCUGGCUUUCAUUUCAAACAACAAGGGAAUGAAAAUGAAUAUGAGUUUAUUGGGAAAAUUGCUAAAGUGGUCUCCAACAAGAUUAAUCGGGUUCCUUUACAUGUUGCGGAUUAUCCAGUUGGAUUGGAGUCUAAAGUGCUACAAGUAAUCUCACUUCUCAAUGUUGGAUCUGAUGGAGUCCAUAUGAUAGGGAUCCAUGGAAUUGGUGGCAUAGGGAAGACAACCGUUGCUCGAGCAAUUUAUAAUUUGAUUGCCGAAUCAUUUGAAGCUUUGUGUUUUCUUGAUAAUGUAAGAGAAAAUUCAAUUAAAUAUGGAUUAGAACAUAUCCAAGAGACACUUAUUUCUAAAGUAUUCGGAGAGAAGGAUAUUAAGUUAGCAAGUGUCAAUGAAGGAAUUUCAAUAAUAGAGCAUAGGCUCCACCAAAAGAAAGUUCUUUUGGUUCUUGAUGAUGUUGACAGACUGGAGCAGUUGCGGGCAACUGUUGGAGGGCUUGAUUGGUUUGGUUGUGGCAGCAAAAUCAUCAUUACAACUCGGGACAGGCAUUUGCUAACAAGACAUGGGGUUGAGAAAACUUAUGAGGUAGAUGGGUUGAAUAAUAAAGAAGCUCUUGAGUUACUUUGUUGGAAUGCUUUUAAAACUGACAAAGUUGAUUCGAGUUAUGUGGAUAUUUUAAAGCGUGCAAUAACUUUUUCUUCUGGCCUUCCACUAGCAUUGGAGGUGAUAGGUUCCUACUUGUUUGGGAAAGGGAUACAAGAAUGGGAAUCGGCAUUAGAUCAGUAUGAGAGAAUUCCUAAUAAAGAGAUCCAAAAGAUACUUGAAAUAAGUUUUCAUUCUUUGGGGGAAUAUGAGCAGGAAAUUUUUAUUCAUAUUGCUUGUUACUUCAAAGGAAAUCAUCUAGCAUAUGUCAAAAAAUUACUUUAUGCUCAUCAUGGUUUCUGCCCAGAAUAUGGUAUUGGAGUGCUAAUUGAAAAAUCUCUCAUAAAGAUUGUGUAUGGUCAAGUAACAUUGCAUGACCUGAUAGAGGACAUGGGUAAAGAAAUUGUCCGACAAGAAGCACCAAAAGAGCCUGGCCAACGUAGUAGAUUAUGGUUCCCUGAUGAUAUAGUUCAAGUUUUAGAAGAUAAUACGGGAACUAGUAGUAUUCAAAUCAUAAUUCUGGAUUUCCUCAAAUUUGAAGAAGUAGUAGAAUGGGAUGGAAACGGCUUCAAGCAGAUGAGAAACCUGAAAACACUCAUUAUAAGAAAUGCUCGUUUUUCUGAAGGCCCCAAACAUCUUCCAAGUAGUUUGAGAGUACUGGAAUGGUGGGAAUAUCCUUCACCAUCUUUACCAUCUAAUUUUAAUCCAAAGAAACUUGUGAUACUGGAGUUACCCCAAAGUCGCUUAGUGUCAAUUGAUUUGCUCAUGUCAAAUAAGGUGUUUGUGAAUAUGAAAGUUUUGAAUUUUAAUCAUUGUCAAUAUAUAACAGAGAUACCUGAUGUGUCUGGAGUCCCAAAUUUAGAAGAAUUAUCAUUUGGAGACUGUGAGAAUUUAAUUAAAAUUCAUGAAUCGGUUGGAUUCUUGAAUGAACUUAAAAUCUUGAACGCUGAAGGUUGCAAGAAGUUUAGGAGUUUUCCACCCAUCAAGUUGACCUCACUUGAAAAACUCAAGCUUUCAUAUUGUCCUAGUCUUGAGAAUUUUCCAGAAAUAUUAGGAAAGAUGGAAAAAAUAAAACUUAUUCAUGUCUUUGACACUCGGAUAAAAGAACUGCCAUUUUCAAUUCAAAACCUCACUCAGCUUGAAAGAAUAGAUCUGAAGCCUUGUGGAGGAAUGUUUCAUUUACCAAGGAGCAUUUUGAUGUUGCGAGAGUUUGAUGAGUUGAAUGUUUGGAAUUGUGAGGGGUUGCUUAUAUCUAAACAGGAGGAAGGUGAUGAUGCACAAGUGAGCUCAUUGGAGUUUGAAAUUAGCUUUUGGGAAUGCAAUUUAUCAGAUGAAUUCAUUCGAAAAGGUCUCCCUUUGUUUGUCAAUGAGUUAACCCUAACCGAUAGUAAUUUCACAAUUCUUCCGGUAUGCAUGAGAGAAUGUCUCUUUUUGACAGAAAUUAUGUUAUAUCGUUGCAAGAAUUUUUGUGAGAUUGGAGGGAUUCCACCCAACUUAAAAAAAUUCACUGCAAGGGAGUGCAAAUCCUUGAAAGAUUUAGACCUCACACUAUUCCCUGAAUGUUUGACGACACUUGAGUUGUAUAAUUGCGAGAAUCUUCAAGAAAUUAGAGGGAUUUCACCCAACAUAAGAACUUUGGAUACAUCAGAAUGCCCAUCCUUGACUUCCGAGUGUAGAAACAUGUUACUGAAUGAGGAAUUGCACAAGGAAGGUGGAGACAAAGUGUUUCUCUUGCCAGAAACAAAGAUUCCAGAGUGGUUUGAGAAUUGUUUCAAUGGACCGUCAAUUUCUUUCAGGUUCCGUAACAUGGACUUCCCUGCGAUAUCUAUAUGUUUUGCUAUUCGACUCAAUAAUGUAAAAUCUGGCACUGGUAGUGAGUAUUGGCCCCGUUUUAAGCUCAAUAUUGAAGUCAAUGGCAUUUCAAAAGUUACAGGAGAUGAUUUCUCUUUGGGUUGCAAAGCAGGGGAUUAUACAGUUCUUUUUGAUAUAAAACAGGAAAUAUUCUUACUUGAUGAUGUUGUUCUUCUAGAAGAAAAUACAUGGAAUUGUGUGGUGUGUACUAUAUCAAACAGAACAGACCCAGUGUUUGUCAAACAAAGUGGAAUCCAUGUAUUCGAAGAAGGAAGGAGCAUGGCGGACAUUCAAUUCACUGAUCCACUGUUGCUGGAAGAAGAGCAUAGAUUGGUGGACAUGGAAGAUUCUCAGAAACAUUUUGUGCAGCACCAAAAUAAUUUGGCUCCAUUGCCUUUUUUGGAAACAAUAAAUUUGGGAAAGGGUAGAGGGUUGCUUUCAUUGCUUCCACCUCCAGCAUUGAAUGAUAAUGUGAUUUGGCAUUCAAAUUUAAUGUUAUCAAGGCUGAGAAGUAGCACUCCUAAUUUCCAAGGCUGUGAAAUUGUGUCCAGAGAGAGGAAAAUAGGUAUGUUAAAUUUGGACUUGAACAAUGGAGCCAGUGAACCUUGUUCUCCUGCACCUUCAAAAGUUGUUUUCAAUUCAGCAGUGUCAAGCUUUGCUAGUGGUGCCGCUGGUGAAGAAGGAGAAUCUUCUUCUCAAGAUUGAGUCCACUGCAUCUGAGUUCCAGGAGCUGAUAAAUUAGAAACUGAUAUGGAAAUAAACAUGAACCACUUCAGGGAAGUUGUUGCCUUACAAAAAGAGCUGCUUCAAAAGUUCGACUGUAUGGAAAAGCAAAUCAAUGCUAUACUGCUUCUCAAUCAGAGAAGAACAUGACUCACAAGAGAAGGAAAGAUAUAUCUUUGAGGAACAAAAAACAAUAACUCAAAUGAUUACUGCCCUGUGCUUAAAUAAUUUGUUUAUAGGUUUUUUGAAUUCUUUUUGUUGUUAAUUUACUAGUUGUGUGA